GCCUCGGGGCCGGCUCCCCGCGGGCCGACGCCGCUCGGCUUCGCACGAUGGCCCCGCAGAGCGACCGCGCCCCGGCCGCCGGGCAACCCUACUUAGGCGGCCCCGACGCCGCCGCAUCCCCGGCCGCGGGCGGCUCCGCGGGCGCGGGCAGCCGGGGUGCGUCGCCCGCCCGCAGCGCGCUACCCCCGCGGGAGGUGGCCCGCAGGAAGGGGCUGGGGAAGGCGCGGCGCGGCCUUGGGAAGGCGCGUGGCGAGGGGCCGCUCAGCAAGCAGAAGCGAAGCCGGCGCAUGAAAGCCAACGACCGGGAGAGGAACCGCAUGCACCACCUCAACUCCGCCCUGGACGCGCUCCGCAGCGUCCUUCCCACCUUCCCCGACGACGCCAAGCUCACCAAGAUCGAGACCCUCCGCUUCGCGCACAACUACAUCUGGGCGCUCACGCAGAGCCUGCUCUUGGCCGAGCAGGGUUUGCCCGAGCCUCCCCCGCCGCCGCCCCCUGCCGCCGUCGCCGCCGCCGCCUCCCCCGGGCCCUGGGGCUCGCCCUAUCCCGGUUUGCCUCCCGGGGCAGUUUUGGGCACGUCCCCGGGGUGCAGCGCUCCCGACGCCGAGUACCCGCGGCUGAGCGGCCCCGGCGCGACCCAGGCCUUCCCAGGAGGGCUCAGCCUCACGCAGGGCGCCGAGCUCGGGGCAGCUCCGCAGAGCCGGUGGGAAAAGGAACAGCGCCCACGCAGCGGCCCCGGGAGGAGGGGAUCCCGCGAGUCCUCCCCGGCCCUUUCCUCCCGCGACUCAAUUUGUAGCUGGAGAUUUACGGCCGGGCGCCCUCCCCGCUCGGUGCUCCCCAGCGGGAUGGUCGUCGCUAGACAAAGCGCCCUGCGAGGCCGAAAGCCCAUUGUGAUGCUAAUUGUUCUCAGCUGA